AUGCCUUCCGCAAAUGAAACCCCGGCGCCUGCCGUAAAAGGCAACUACCUCAACACGCUGCUGGAAAAGGCGAAGAACCUGCCUGCGGGCAAAAUGAAAGAGCUUGGUGAGGAGGUGCGCGGGAUGCGCAAAAAGGCCGCUGCUGAUCCAGAAGUGGCGUGCUACCUUGACAUCCUUUGUCGCUCAUACUUGAGCAGCGAAGCGAGUUCGGCGAGCCUGGAUGCCACAUUUGAAAAUUGGCAGAAGCAGCAGCAGCAACAACAAGAGGAAGAGGAGAGGAAGAAGAAAGAGGAAGAGGAGGAGAAGGCGAGGAGUGAGCGGAAGAGGAAAGCGGAGGAAGACACCUCCCAGCUUGCUCCGACUGCACCCACCUUGCCAGGCCCCGUCACAGCCUAUCUCAACCCGAACCCCGAUCCGGGGUGCCACGUAUCGUGUGCGAGUAGCGACUACCACCCCAGAAAGCCCUGUCCUGCCGCUGUAGCGGAGAAAAAGCUCGCUGCUAAUGCAGCACGGGAUGAAAAGCCUGUCUUCAGGGGAGCAUCCCGCGGUCCCGGCCCACAUAAGCCGAGAGCAGGUGACUGGCUCUGCCGUUGCAGCUUCUGGAACAACAAGUACUGGUGGGCCUGCCGUGGUAAGAUUGGUCAUAAGGAAGGCCCUGCGUGUGAAGGCUUCCGGCAGGGCGACCACAUCGUCCGCGUGCAAGAAUCCGGUCCGGCGGCGUGGGCCAAAGUAUGA